UUUUUCGAUCCAAUAUCUAGAUCAACUUGUUAUUUUGUACGGUUUCAUUUUGUUAAAUAACACGUGAUUUCUAUAGUUAGGCAUUGAGUAGUGAGAAAAUGAAGUUUUGGCUAAUUUUUUUGUGUUCCGUCAGUGGACAUGAUACCGCUAAGAUACUGGCAACCGUCUUCACACCAAGUUACAGUCAUCAGAUUACAUUCCGACCUCUAUGGAUAGAGCUGUCCAAAAGAGGUCAUCAGGUGACCCUUUUAACAACCGAUCCUAUGAAGGACCCAACUCUGUCCAACAUAAGAGAAAUUGACCUCAGUGGAUCGUAUGGAAUCAUGGAGAAAUACGGAGCUUCAGAGGCUUUAACCAAUCAAACAGAUAAGUUGAAAGCUAUCAAAACCUAUUUGGGAGCGUUGUCUAAGACUGCAGAUUGGCAACUAGGACAUCCUGAUGUUCAAAAGAUUGUCAGGAAUCCAGAUGAGAAGUUUGAUUUGAUCAUCACGGAGAUUGUUUAUCCCACGCAUAUGGGAUUUGUUGAUAGAUUCAAGGUGCCUUUCAUAGGCGUAGCCUCUUUCAACCAAGAACGCAGCCAUCGAAGACUGGGCAACAUGGUCCAUCCCAUCAUCUUUCCAGAUGGCAGUUUACCCAUGCUUCCACCUCUUACGUUCAUGGAGCGUCUACUCAGUGUGUUUCAUACAGUUUUCAUGUGGUGGUACAGCGAUUUUGUGUUAUAUCCUGAACAAACUGCUGUGGCUAGAAAACAUUUGGGAGAAGAUAUUAGAAAUUUGGAGGAAAUAGAAGCAGAUAUGAGUUUCUUAUUUGAAUCGUUGAAUCCAGCAAUUACUAAAGUUAGACCGAUUGGGCCGAAUACUAUCGUUAUCAGCGGAAUGCAUCUUAAAGAGCCUAAGCCUCUGCCCAAGGAACUGGAACAAUAUAUGGAUAAUGCCAAAGAAGGGGUGAUAUACUUCAGCUUAGGCACCAACGUAAAAGCCUAUUUACUGAAUGAUAAUAUCAAAAGAGCACUUCUUGAAACAUUCGCUGAGUUGCCCUACAAGGUUUUGUGGAAAUACGAGGGCAGUGCUAUCGAGAAUUUACCAAAAAAUGUAAAGAUCAUGAAAUGGAUACCACAACAGGAUUUGUUAGGUCAUCCAAAUGUUAAACUCUUCAUGACUCAGUGCGGACUUCAGUCAUUAGAAGAAGCAGUUGUCAAUCAUGUACCAAUGGUAGCCAUUCCAUUCAUGCCUGAACAAAAAAGAAACGCAAAAAUUCUGAACGAGAAGGGCAUAGGCUUGUCAUUGGAUAAUAGAAACAUGACGAAGGCAGCUCUGAAAAUGACGAUUUUAGAAGUAAUAAAUAACCCCAAGUUUAAGAAGAACACAAUUGAGUUGGCUAAUUUAUCAAAGGAUGUGGAAAAACCUGGAGUAGAAAAGGCAGUUUGGUGGACAGAAUACUGUCUAAGAAAUAAAGGAGCCAAGCAUUUGAAGAGCCCAGCUGCAGAUAUACCACUUUACCAACUUUUGUUGUUGGAUGUUCUAGCAACAGUGAUUGCAGUACUGUUAGUUAUAGUUAUCAUAGCAUUUUUAAUUAUCAAAAUUUGCGUUCGAAUUCUAAGGUAUCUAUUGAGAUUUAUAUGUGGAAAAGAUACAAAAAUAAAACGUAAAACACAUUAAAAAUGAACGUUUAAUUUUUUCGUGCCGUUGUAAGAAUUCCAGGCUCCGUGU